AUGAACAACAUAAUCAUUCCACAUGAAAUUGAUAUUCCAAUCAACAACUUCCUCAUUCAAAGUGAUGGAAAAUGUGGGGUUUAUUUUCAUGAUAAAGAAACACAUGAAUUGUAUCAAUACAUUCAAAAAUCACAAAGAGUAAUUAAUGUUGAACACCAAUUUGUUGGAACAAUAUUGUUCACAUUGUCAGCUAACAAACAAGCAUUCAUUACAAAAAAACAAACAAGAAAUAUCAUGGUUAAAACAAAUGAAAGUAAAACACCAGCAUUAAUAAAAGUAAAUGAUGAUCCUCAAAUACUUUAUUUUAUCAAUGAUAAAACAUUGAUGAUAGUAGGAUUAAAAAGUACAACAUUGGUAUCAUUAAAUACAUUUAUUCCUUUAUCUACUUAUAAAUAUUUAAGACCAUGGAAAAUAAUACAUUACAAAAACAUAAUUGUGUUAUUAUAUAAUGAUUUAAAUAAAAUUCGAGGAAUUGUAAUAGAAUGUAUAGGAGAUACAAUAUCAAAAACAUCAGAGAUUGAUGUUAGUAAUCCAUCUCAACAAAAAGUAUCACUUCCAACAAUUCAAUUAAUAAUUAUCAUGGAAAUACCUUAUUUAGCCAUUCAUUUCAAUGUUGGACCAAUCUAUUUAUUCAAUUUAAAUAAUCCACAUGAAAUUGUGAAUAGAUAUGAAUCACCAAAUGGAAAUAUUAUUAUAAUGUCAAUUGAUGAUACAUUAGUUAUAUUUGAUGGUAAGAAAGCAUAUAUUCAUAAUAUCAUCACUUUUAAUACUAUAACUCAUUUGAAAUAA